ACCGCCGCGGGGCAGGCCGGGAGCGGUAGUGGCGGGCCGGCCCGCCCCUCACCUGGCGGCGCCGGGCGCCGGGGCCCAAUGGGAGCCUUGCCGGCCGCCCCGCCCCGCCACGCCCGACGUCGGAGCCCGGACAUGGCUGCCACCCGGCCGGGUCCUUGAGUCGAGUCGCCGCCGCUGUCGAUCGCUGCCAGCCACCAGGCGCCGCCAUGGCGUCCAUCCUGCUGAGGGGCUGCCGCCGCGGACCGGGGGGGAGCCUGGGGGACCGAGCCUGUGCCGGCACCGUGGGCUUCAUUAGCUGCAUGACCGGCCCUCUGGGCUGCUGUGCCCGCCUGCACCCUGCGUCUCUCAGCUCCUGGACCCUGGGGCCCGAGCGCCCGUGCCCUGGGAUCCCAGCGCCAUGGCCCCCUGCCUGGGUGCGGCUGCGAGUCCCGGCCCCCCCACCCCCUCCCAUCCGCGGCUGGCACUCGUCCCCCCCCCACAGCGAUGACUCUGUGGUGGAGAAGUCCCUCAAGUCCCUCAAGGACAAGAACAAGAAGCUGGAGGAAGGGGGCCCCGUGUACAGCCCCUCCGAGGAGGUGGCCGUGCGGAGGUCACUGGGCCAGAAGGUCCUAGACGAGCUGAAGCACUACUACCAUGGCUUCCGCCUGCUCUGGAUCGACACCAAGAUCGCCGCCCGCACACUCUGGCGCAUCCUCAAUGGCCACAGCCUGAGUCGCCGAGAGCGCAGACAGUUCCUCCGCAUCUGCGCCGACCUCUUCCGCCUUGUGCCCUUCCUGGUGUUCGUGGUGGUGCCCUUCAUGGAGUUCCUGCUGCCCGUGGCUGUCAAGCUCUUCCCCAACAUGCUACCAUCCACAUUUGAGACGCAGUCCAUCAAGGAGGAGCGGCUGAAGAAGGAGCUUCGGGUCAAGCUGGAGCUGGCCAAGUUCCUGCAGGACACCAUCGAGGAGAUGGCCCUGAAGAACAAGGCAGCCAAGGGCAGCGCCACCAAGGACUUCUCCGUGUUCUUCCAGAAGAUCCGGGAGACGGGCGAGAGGCCCAGCAACGAGGAGAUCCUGCGCUUCUCCAAGCUGUUUGAGGACGAGCUGACACUGGACAACCUGACGCGGCCACAGCUGGUGGCCCUGUGCCGGCUGCUGGAGCUGCAGUCCAUCGGCACCAACAACUUCCUGCGUUUCCAGCUCACCAUGCGCCUGCGCUCCAUCAAGGCUGACGACAAGCUGAUCGACGAGGAAGGGGUGGACAGCCUGACGGUCAAGGAGCUGCAGGCGGCGUGUCGGGCCCGGGGCAUGCGGGCACUGGGCGUCACCGAGGACCGGCUGCGGGAGCAGCUGAGGCAGUGGCUGGAGCUGCACCUGCACCAGGAGAUCCCGUCCUCGCUGCUCAUCCUGUCCCGUGCCAUGUACUUGCCUGACACCCUCUCACCCGCCGACCAGCUCAAGUCCACACUGCAGACACUGCCCGACAUCGUGACCAAGGAAGCGCAGAUGAAGGUAGCUGAGGUGGAGGGUGAGCAGGUGGACAACAAGGCCAAGCUGGAGGCCACCCUGCAGGAGGAGGCCGCCAUCCAGCAGGAGUACCGAGAGAAGGAGCUACAGCGGCUGGCAGAGGCGAAGGAGGCAGAGCCAGAAGCUGUGGAGGCCGCCCCCGGGCGGCCAGUAGCCGAGCUGCAGCCUGAGGUGUCCGAGGGGACCGCGCCGUUGGAGGUGCUGAGGGACACGGCCCCCGUCCUGGAAGGCCUGAAGGAGGAGGAGAUCACCAAGGAGGAGAUUGACAUCCUGAGCGACGCCUGCUCCAAGCUGAAGGAGCAGAAACAGUCCCUGACCAAGGAGAAGGAGGAGCUGGAACUGCUCAAGGAGGACGUGGAGGACUACAGCCAGGACCUGCAGGAGAUCAGGAAGGAGCUGUCCAAGACGGGCGCGGAGAGCUGCGUGGAGGAGUCCAAGGCCAGCAGGAGGCUCACCCGCCGGGUGCAGCAGAUGAUCGGCCAGAUAGACAGCCUGCUCACCCAGCUGGAGGCCAGCCAGAGGGCCGGCGAGCUGGCGUCCACGGGGGAGAACAUCAUCAGUAUCCCUGAGCUCAUCAGCGCCAUGAAGCAGGUCAGGGACAUUCCAGAGAACAAGCUGGUCAGUCUGGCCUCCGCCCUGGACGACAACAAGGACGGCAAGAUCGACAUUGAUGACCUGGUCAAGGUGAUCGAACUGUUGGACAAGGAGGACGUCCACAUCUCCACCAGCCAGGUGGCCGAGAUCAUGGCCACGCUAGAGAAGGAGGAGAAGGUGGAGGAGAAGGAGAAGGCCAAGGAGAAGGCGGGCAAGGAGGUGGCGGAGGUGAAGAACUAGGUGGGCGGGCAGCAAGGCGGCAGAGCUGAGAGCAAGCCCCCCUCCCCGCCUGCCGCAGAUUCCACCCAGACCUGAACCGGAAGCUUGCGUGAUCAAGUAGUCUUUCCAUCUUCAUCAUUCCAUGAAGAUCCCGUCAGCCUGGAGUCCCCGAGCCCCGUGCAGGGCCUGCCACGCCCUCCCCACCCACAGGCACAGUGGGAGCAGGCAGGCUACCCGCUGCUCUGCCCGUCUCCAGGAGAGCCGGGGGUGCCUGCGUUUCCCACAGGACGCCCAGCCAGCUCACGUCUGCCGCCCGCGGCUGCAAAUGGCCACCUCCCUCCCGACUGACCUGCUGGCUCAGCCCGUCCGUCCUCUAACCGAUUAACCAGCCCCAGGGUCUCCCAACGUCGGGUGUGUCUCGAGACAGUGGCCACAUACUGUUGGUGGUCAGGACUCUACUGCUGUGACCGUGGGGACAGGCCGCCGUCAGGCUGGGUACCCUCAUGCAGUGGCAGGACUGGGCAGGCCCCAAGGGCUGUGUCCACCCUCCUAGUGCCUGGCCACUGCCAUCCUUUGGGGAGGUGUUACCAGCAAGAGUGCCCUGGGGGUGGAACUAUUUCUAGAGGUGGAGAGGAGGCUCGGAGAUGACCCUGUCUAAAUUACUUGAAACUCAAGCCGUUAAAGCGGAAAAUAAGCAGGCAUCAGAGGCCCCUCACACAUCGUCUUCCGUGUGUGACCUGGGCGCUCGCCUUGGAGUGUGGCUGCCUGCCUGGUGGGAUGUGAGGCCUGUCCUCCCCCUCGAUGCCUUGGCAUCAGGGCUGCCCAGUCCCAGGACCUGCUGUCUGCCGGGGCUGCCGCUGGGAGGCGUCACCCAAGGGUGCCCAGUGUCUGCUGUGUGUGGCCCGUGGGACCCCUGCCCACCUGUGGGGAGAGGCUGGUCACCUGGACCUAUGGGCAUCUCAGCCCCUGAGCUGCCGUCCAGUUGGGCCCGUUUGCCUUGUGGUCACCGUGCGGGGACCUCACCCUGGACCUGGGCACCAUGUGGGACGGUGAAUAAACACUCUGACAGCCUUG